CAGACGAGGUUAAUAGUGAAGAAAAUGGCAGCCACCAUGACGGACGAAAUUUUUAAGUUUUCGUGUAAUCUCGAGGGCCAUGAAAUGGAUGUCAGGGCCGUUGCUGCCGCAUACUCUCCAAAUGGAUCAAUUAUAACAGCAUCUAGGGACCGAACUGCUCGGAUUUGGGCUCCCACAGGAAGUGGAUAUGAAGAAAAGCACUGCAUGAGAGGGCAUGAGAACUUCAUUGCAGCUGUCUGUGUCCUGCCUCCCAAUGACAAGUACCCUAAUGGCCUGAUAGCCACUGGGGGGAAUGACCAUAAGAUCAACAUGUACAAGCCAGAUAGUCAAGUACCGGAGUAUACCUUGAGUGGCCAUGCAAAUACAGUUUGCACCCUGGCAGCGGGCAAGUUUGGCACCCUACUGAGUGGCUCAUGGGACACAACGGCCAAGGUAUGGCUCAACCAGCGCAAUGUCAUGACCCUGAAAGGUCACGAGGCAGCCAUCUGGGCUGUUGCCCUCAUGCCCACCCAGGGCCUGAUGUUGACUGGCUCGGCGGACAAGACCAUCAAGAUGUGGCGUGCUGGGAAGUGCGAGCAGACCUUUGUCGGUCACAGUGACUGCGUGCGAGCCCUCGCCAUCGUCUCAGAGGUGGAGUUUCUCUCAGCGGCCAACGACAGUAGCAUCCGGCGCUGGCUGACCACCGGUGACUGCACCCAGCAGCUGCAGGCACACACCAGCUUCAUCUACAGCAUCGCGUUGCUGCCUAAUGGCGCCGACUUUGUCACGUCCGGGGAGGACCGAACCGUCCGAGUCUGGCGGCAAGGGGUGUGUUGCCAAACCAUCACACUUCCUGCCCAGUCAGUGUGGUGCGUGGCCGCACUGCCCAAUGGAGACAUUGUUGCAGGAUCCAGCGAUGGUGUCGCACGGGUGUUCAGUACAAAUCCAGACAGAAUCGCCAGCGCAGAGGCUCAGGACCUUUACAAUAGGCAAGUGGCUGCUUUCUCCAUGCCGGCCAAGGCCCAGGCCUUUGGCGGGAUCAAGAUGGAGGAUUUGCCGGGGAAGGAGGACCUUGCCAAACCAGGCACAAAGGAUGGCCAAACAAAACUCAUACGCGUAGGCGACACCGUGGAGGCGUACUCGUGGAGUGUAGCGGAUGCCAACUGGAACAAGAUCGGUGAUGUGGUGGGCACAGAAGGUGACGACACCCAACCCAGUAGCAGCAAGGUCAUGUACGAAGGCAAGGAAUACGACUACGUUUUCAAUGUGGACUUGGAGGAGGGCAAACCAGCCUUGAAGCUCCCCUACAACAUCACAGAGGACCCCUGGCUGACCGCUCAGCGCUUCAUCCACACCCACGACCUGAGCCAACAGUUCCUGGAGGAGAUUGCCAACUUCAUCAUCAAAAACACCAAGGGUGUGACUCUGGGCGUAGCCGCCCCACCCUCUGCCGGUGACCCCUUCACAGGUGGUUCCCGCUACAUCCCUGGUUCCCAGCCUCCUCCUGGCAUCCCAAGAGCAGGCGGUGACCCUACAUCUCCAAGGACAGGGUCAGAUCCGUUCACAGGUGCUGGACGUUAUAUCCCAACCUAUGGUACCUCGAGUCAACCGAGCCAAAUUCCUUCUGCGGCACCUCAAGCAAAACAGCCCAACCCUUACUUUCCAAAGACAAGCUUUGUGACCUUUGACACUGCCAAUGCACAGGCCAUAUUAGGAAAACUGAAGGAUUUCAACACGGCAUUGGAUGAGUCGUGUCAGUUGGAUGAUGCAUCCCUCGGUCAUCUGGAACAACUUCUACUGAAUGUGGGUAAUUCUGGUAGUCCUACGGCCGACCAACUCAGUGCCCUGUGGAGAGCACUCCAUUUGCCAGUUGACAAGGUUUUCCCUGCUAUUGACAUCCUUCGGUUGGUAAUCAGACACCCCUCAGUUAAUCAGCACUUCUGCAAUCAGACAGACGGUCCCCAGUUCAUUUCCCACAUCCUGCAGCUAGCAUCGGAGACCUCAACCCCGGCCAACCGCAUGCUGGUCAUGAGGACGUUCAGCAACGCCUUCAGCCAUCCGCACGGCACCCAGCUGCUGGCCGCCAACCGCGAGGCAGUCGUCAGCGCAGCCCUGCAGUGCCAGGGGUUGGCCAAUAAAAACCUGCACGUUGCCGCCACGACGGUGCUGCUGAACUUUGCGGUGGCCCUGCAGGGUGGCGGCGACAUCGAGGCCCGGUCUCACUGCCUGUCGGCUGCUUCCACCAUCCUGGACUCCGAAAGUGACCCAGAGGCACUCUUCCGGCUUCUGGUUGCCAUAGGAACUCUCAUGAGCGUGGACGAUAAUGCGCUGGCCAUUGCCAAGUCGUUGGACAUUCUUCCAACUAUCAGGAAACAUUGUGCUGUGAAGGACCCUGCCAAAGUUGGAGAUUGUGCACAAAAAGUAGUUCAGAUGUUACUAUGAAUGGAACCCUUAAGGUCAAAUUCAUCAAUUGUCUCCUUUGGAGGUGUUAGUACGUUUAGGUUUUUAUAAGUUGUGUCUCUAACCCCAAAACCCCACUGUUUUCCCAUUUUGCUACAAGCAAAAUGAAACUUUUGAAGUCAUUGCCAAUGCAAUUUUUAUUGUGGACCAUGCAAAUGUAACUUCGGCCUGUACUUGACAAAGCAGUCAGACUCAUUUCAUGUAGAGAAUCACUUUUAAGUGAUCUGCCUUUUAGUGGCAGUGUUGCGAAUUUUGUUGAUCUAAAUUUGACUCAAGACUUGUUGGCCGGCAUCUUCUUAUUACCAAGUCCUCCAGCAUUUUUGUUGGUACCCUCCUCAAUUCUCCAAAAUCCUGCCCCAUGCAGGUUACCAAUUACUUUAUCUUUGUACUUUGACUUUCAAGGGGCAUCCAAUGCCAUGCAAAGUAACAGUGGCUGGGCUCUACCUUCCUCAAUCCUACAAAAUCCUCCAAAACUGCCUAAUGGAUUUUGAAGGAUCUCAGAGGGUUAGAUUUUGUUUUAUUGCACAUUCAUGCAUGUCUACUGUAAACUCAAUACAACUCGUUAUCUCUACUCAUGAAGAUGUACACUGUAUCACUUGCACAUUUUGAGAGCAUUGCCGCCAAAAUCUUGAAGUCCUUCCCUUAUGAACUAGAACUAUUGAAGAUAAAUUUAAUACCAGCUCUCAGAUUGCAAUGAACUUGUUGGCGAAAAUAGUUACAAUUAUGAAAAUUUAUCAGGUGCACAUAUUUGCCUCGCAAGGUGCUGAAGUCACUUCUUAAAUGUAGAAAACAUUUCAAACAGUCAACACAAAAGGGAGGAAAUGUAAAAUCCUAGUUAUAAAUUGAAAUUGUCUUUGACACAAAAUUCUGUUAUUUGCCAGGGGAAGCUCAGUUUUUGUUUUGAUACACAACCGAUAUUCCAUGUCUCAAGUCGUGCCCAUGUGUCACCUGUGAGAGCCACCCAAGGUCAAGGUCAAGUUAUUUUUAGAAAUAAUUAAAGUCAGAUGCCGAGCAGUGUCUACAAUGCUGUUGUUAGAUCAUAAUGUCAGGGAUGCGACCACUGGUUGAGUUACAACUCCAGUCAUUUGCUCUACACAAAGUCAUAUGGAUACAGUAAUGACAGAUGCAAAGGAUCAGACUGGAGACCUGUCCUCAUACAUGUAUACGGAGACAGAUCACAACCUCAAAGCGUCUGAAUUUGAUGGUUUAUAUUGCAACUGAGGUGAUCCUAGGUCAGAGGUCAAAAGAAUGACACUGUUUCUGUUCUCUGACCCUACAUUUUGCUAAGAGCAAAAUCUGAAACUUAAGCCAGGAAUGUGUGUUGAGGAGAUAGCAUUUAUUGUUGGUACAUCUAAUUUUAACCUCCAUAAAAGUUCGGGAAAGUUCUGUGAAGAGCAGAGCAAUAGACAUUCACAGGGGACCCAAUUUCAGUUAGAUUCCCAAAUGUGGUGUAUUCACUUGAACGUGUUAAAUUUAAAGAACCAGACUCUAUGCUACGAUUUCAUUUCGACCCCCCAAAUCAUCUGGUACCAUCCCAUUAAAGGUUCCAAAUGUAUACAAUACGUUCAGGAAUACGACUGAAAUUGGGUACUUCACAAAUACGGUCUAUUCAAUUUCUGCAAGCUUAAUAAAUGAUUCCAUGUGUUUAUACAUGUACUUUAUUUGAUUACAUUGACAAUGUUAAGUAAACUAUGCUCGUUGCACUAUA